AUGGAUCAAGGCCAAAUCUCUAUCCCGAAAUAUCCUCAGGGCAACGGCCAAGCCGAUGCAUCCAAUAAAAUAAUAUUGGACUGUCUAAAGAAGAGAUUAGAAGGUGCCGAAGGAAAAUGGGUAAAUGAGCUCCUUGGAGUAAUAUGGGCUUAUCGCACCACCAAGCAUAGAUCAACUGGCGAAACCCCAUUUUCCCUCACCUAUGGAAUAGAAGCAAUCAUUCCUCCUCACGUUACUGUCCCCUCUAUAAGCAUUGAAGUGGGCAGUAUUGAGCAGAACUCCGAGCAAAUGAGACUUAACCUUGACUUACUUGAAGGCGAACGAGAGAAGACCAUUGUCCGAGUCGCCUCCUAUCAACAGCGGUUGAAGUCUUACUAUGACAAAAGAGCCAAGAUCAGACAGUUUCAACUAGGCGACUUUGUGCUAAGAAAGGCCUUCAUCACUGCACAAAGACAAGGGUCUAAAAAGAUAAAACCCAAUUGGGAAGGCCUUUACGGAAGGAGAUUCCGCGAUAAUGGAACGCCUACCACUUCCAAAGAUACUAUCCAUGAUGUUUCCUCCUACCUGUUCAAUCCCCAGCAGAUAAUUGAGUACUGCACAUUUCUGAAGAAGAGAAGCAACUACUGCAAAUUCCAGAAUGUGCCACAACAAAAGACGGUUGCCCAUAAGCGGCGUCCUUCGGGAGACACAGGGCGACAACUAGAAGUGUCCUUCGGGAGACGCAGCUUGCAAAGAAGUGUCCUAAGGGAGACGCAAGGUGCGCCAGGAAUUUCCUAA